UUUAUUGGUAGUGCUAAAAGAAAGUAGAUUUCUUUCUCCCCCCUUGCAGAAAGAACUUCUGGCUGUUCAGGCCACAUAUUUGACCAUUAUCUUCUUUCACUCAAAACACCUUUAAGCUCAUCCACAGGUAGCUGCUCCCCUCAGGGAAUGAACAGCAACGGCUCCGAUGAGUUCUUUCACUCCAUCAACCACGCGGAACAGACGUUCCGCAAGAUGGAGAGCUACCUCCAGCAGAAACAGCUCUGUGAUGUGCUCCUCAUUGCCGGAGACCACAAAAUCCCAGCCCACAGGCUGGUUCUCAGCGCCGUGUCCGACUACUUUGCCGCGAUGUUCACCAAUGACGUGCGUGAGGCCAAACAAAAAGAGAUCAAGAUGGAAGGUGUGGACCCUGACGCUCUCAAGGCACUGGUGCACUAUGCCUAUACAGGGAUCUUAGAGUUGAAAGAAGAUACGAUCGAGAGCUUGCUGGCUGUGGCUUGCCUCCUGCAGCUGUCUCAAGUCAUAGAAGUUUGCUGCAACUUUCUCAUGAAGCAACUGCAUCCCUCCAACUGCUUAGGAAUCCGCUCGUUUGCCGAUGCCCAGGGUUGCCUGGAACUUCUGAGAGUGGCCCACACGUACACGAUGGAACACUUCAUAGAGGUAAUAAAGAACCAAGAAUUCCUCUUACUCCCAGCUAAUGAAAUCUCCAAGCUACUGUCUAGUGAUGACCUCAAUGUUCCAGAUGAAGAAACUAUAUUCCAGGCUCUAAUGCUAUGGGUGAGGCAUGCCUUGCAAGAAAGACAACGAGAUCUCAGCAUGCUGCUCUCUUACAUCAGGCUGCCAUUACUCCCACCGCAGUUAUUAGCUGACCUUGAAAAUAGUUCCAUGUUUGUGGAUGACCUGGAAUGUCAAAAACUUCUGAUGGAGGCCAUGAAGUACCAUCUCUUACCAGAAAGACGAUCGAUGAUGCAGAGUCCACGGACCAAGCCCAGGAAGUCCACGGUGGGGGCUCUGUAUGCUGUGGGGGGCAUGGACGCCACAAAAGGCACCACCACGCUAGAGAAAUACGACCUGAGGACGAACAGCUGGCUCCAGGUGGGGGCUCUGAGCGGGCGGCGGCUGCAGUUCGGCGUGGCCGUCAUCGACAACAAGCUGUACAUCGUGGGAGGCAGAGACGGCCUGAAGACCUCCAACACCGUGGAAUGUUUCAGCCCCGGAACCAAAGUCUGGUCGGUCAUGCCUCCCAUGUCCACCCACCGGCAUGGCUUGGGAGUAGCCAUGCUUGAAGGACCCAUGUACGCCGUUGGCGGCCAUGACGGAUGGAGUUACCUCAACACCGUCGAGCGGUGGGACCCCCAGGCCCGACAGUGGAAUUACGUGGCCAGCAUGUCAACUCCCAGAAGCACAGUGGGUGUCGCGGCUUUGAACAGCAAGUUGUACGCCGUCGGCGGGCGCGACGGAAGCUCCUGCCUGAAGUCGAUGGAAUGCUUCGACCCUCACACCAACAAGUGGAGCACGUGUGCCGCCAUGUCCAAGCGGCGAGGAGGGGUGGGAGUGGCCACCUACAAUGGAUUUUUAUACGCCGUGGGGGGACACGACGCCCCAGCGUCCAACCACUGCUCCCGGCUGUCGGACUGCGUGGAGAGGUAUGACCCGAAAACCGACACCUGGACGACCGUGGCCCCGCUGAGAAUCCCCCGCGAUGCCGUGGGCGUCUGCCAGCUCGGAGACAGGCUGUACGCAGUCGGAGGAUACGAUGGGCAGUCCUAUUUGAACACCGUCGAGUCGUACGAUGCGCAGAAUAAUGAAUGGACAGAGGAAGUCCCUGUCAACAUCGGAAGGGCUGGAGCUUGUGUCGUCGUGGUCAAGUUGCCGUGACCGAGGCACAAAAACCCCGGACCGACCUUUCCGUGAAGCGGUGGAAGAGAAAGGGGAGAGGUGGAGGCCUGGCCGGAAAUGGAGCGUGGAUGUCGUUCUUUUUAGCAGCUGAGAGAAAUGUUCGGAUAGAAACCCCCGUUUGGGUGAACUAGAAAGCCGAAUUUGUCCGCCUUCUCUAAAAGAAGCAUUUUGAAGAUUUCCAUUGCAUACAAUCUUUAGGUGGGACCGAGGGUUUACCAGUUAAGGCAUAGGAAGAUACGAAUGUUUUCAACCAGGCACCGAGGACACGUUUUAAGAGUUUUUCGUAAGAAGCAAUAAGGGCCGGGAAGAGUGGGCAGCAGAUACACCCGGAAACACACAGUCAGUCAUCCCAAAUUUGUGAUGGUUUUAACUGAAAUUAAUUAGGACCUCUAAAUGAACAAAUAAAAAAAUAGCUGAACUAAACUGGGCUUCAGUCCAUCCAAGAAAACCAGUGGGGUGGAAGCUGAACUAGCUUCCAAAUGUGGGAAUAUCAUAUUAUUUCAGGAAAUUACUCCUCUUCUAUUAUGACCCUGUUAUGAAAUCACAGUGACAUGUGGAGCACUGUAAUUUCUGAAUCCACCAUUUUUCAAUUAAGAGGUUUUGACAUUUUGACAUAACAAGCUGCCCUCCCUGCCCCCCGCCCCCAAUUUUUUUUUUUCUUUUGUUUUCACAGUUUGGGUGGUUUUAUCCUGAAAAACAUGUUGAGUUCUGGAAUUUCAAUACAUUUUACAUUAAAGUCUCCGUUGCAUAGGACAGUUUCCCGAUCUUCUGAUCUUCCCAGUCUUGGAUUUCUAAACCUCAUAUCUACUGAGGGAAGAAAGGUCUCCACCAGAGACCAUCUAAAGAAACUGGUGACCACCUUUAACAAUUACUGUGCUGAUGACGGUGUUUCACAGUUGAUUACAGGCACUAUUUUCUUUCAUCCCUCUGGCCGGACACCCUGAGCAUAUCGUAGCUUCAGCUUAAGCAGGAUGAAGAAUCCCCAUCACUGGGAAGAUGUUCAUGUAAAUUCAGCCAUUAAGCACAACGAAUGCAAGAGGAAAUACAGUAUUUAUCAUAUUGAUACAAACUGUGAUUUUAGCUUGAGAGCCAACUGCUCUCCACAGCCGCCGACAUCUUUGCCAAAAACUCUCGUCCGCUCAGUUCUUCGAGAACCCGAGGACUGCGUGCCAUUUGAAGCCUCGCGUUACAGAAAAUCGGUGCCGUCCCGUCUAGCGCUCCGAUGCCAUGCGCCUCGGAGGAGCCUUUUCUCCACAGACACGUUCCCCCAAACCCAGAAUGGUCUGGCCUCGUCGGACGAGCUUUCCUUGAUUCUCUGGCAGCGGUCUGGCCGAAAUGUGGAAGGAAGACUCACCCUGGGGAAGACCUGAAUGGCUUCUAUCACCAUCAGCCACCAUGCUAACCUGCCUUUGGAAGUCAGAGGAUUGACAGUGAAAAUCCCUUUUCCACAAGGUUGAAGCAGCAUGGUCUAAUGGAUAGAGCAUGGACCCGGGAAUCAGAAGGACCUGGGUUCUUAUCCCAG